CCAAACCAAAAGGCGGUGGAGGCUGAUCCAAGCGCCAACGUCAGCACCAAAACGCGGCCGUCUCGCCCGCCCUCGCCUACCCCGCCGCCGCCACUUCCACCACCGCGCCUCCGCCGCGAAGAAGAGGAAGCGACCCGAUUCGAAAGAGGAAAGCGAAGCUCUCACCCGCCCGUGCCCGCCGAAGCUAGCCGAACCGGAAAGCGAGAGAGAGAGAGGAGACAGAAGGGAGGAUGCCGACGGUGACCUGCAACGCGUGCAACGCGGGGUUCGACGAGGAGGAGCAGCAGCGGCUCCACUACCGCUCCGAAUGGCACCGCUACAACCUCAAGCGCAAGGUGGCUGGAGUACCCGGUGUGACAGAGGCACUAUUUUUGGCAAGACAAGCUGCAUUAGCAGAGGGGAGCAAGCCUAUUAGCACUCCAAUGCUUUACAGCUGCGCUCUUUGUGGAAAGGAGUACAGGAGCUCGAAAGCUCAUGAGCAGCAUCUUAACUCGCGAUCACAUCUUAUGAGAGCCUCUCAGGAGCCUGAUGCCUCCAUUGCUGGAAUUACAAUAGUCAAGCCACGUCCUGAGCGAGUUCCUCGUAGAGGCCCGUCUGUGGUAGAAGAGGAGGAAGAUGAAGAUGAGGAGGAAGAGUGGGUUGAAGUUGACCCAAGUGAAAUGGAGUUGGCUGAUGAGUCUACUUCAAACAUGCAAGUAGAUGAACAUUCCUCCAAAUCAAAUGAUGACAUGUAUGAAUUUGAAGAGUUGGAUCCCUCAUUCUGUUUCAUGUGUGACAUCAAGCAUGAGACCAUAGAAGACUGCAUGGUCCACAUGCACAAAAAGCAUGGGUUUUUCAUACCUGACAGUGAAUACUUGAAGGAUCCCAAUGGUCUUCUUACUUAUGUUGGAUUGAAGGUGAAGCGUGAUUUUAUCUGCCUCUACUGCAAUGACAUAUGCCAGCCCUUCCAAAGUCUAGAGGCUGUCAGGAAACACAUGGAUGCGAAGGGUCAUUGCAAAUUACGCUAUGGAGAUGGUGGAGAAGAUGAAGAUGCCAACCUUGAGGAUUUCUACGAUUACAGCAGCAGUUACGUUGAUGUGGAAGGUAAGCAGUUGAUUGCUGCUGAUGACACUAACAAUAACAUUGAGCUGGGAAGUAGUGGGUCUGAGCUGGUAAUAACGAACAAGAGUGACAAAGGAACUCGUGUUAGAACUCUAGGUUCUCGGGAAUUUAUUCGCUACUACCGCCAGAAACCACGGCCUUCUGUUGCAACAGACCGUGCUCUUGCUCUUUCCCUGGCUUCCAGCUACAAGAGCAUGGGUUUGGUGACAGUUCAGUCUAAGGAGCAAAUGGUAAGGUUGAAAGUUCUCCGAGCAAUGAACAGAACCGGGGUCGAGACGAUGCGAACCAAGAUUGGAAUGAAGAGCAAUGUGAUCCGAAACCUCCCUAAGAAUUGCCCGUAUUAGUUGAUACCCCCUUCGAGUGGGAGCCAAGCCUGUCUGGAGCUUCUCUAUGAUGUUUAUGGUGGUGUCUUAUCUCUUAUGGCUUUUUGUCCAUCACUGAUCAAUGUGGUGCUUAAGAUAUUUUCAAAUAGGAAUGUACCUUCCAUACAAUAUCUUUUGUUGAAUUUUAUGAGUUGCGGAAGCAGAUAUUAUAUUCAUAUUCAUAUCUCUAUGACGUUUA